UCUGUUGGAGCUCAGGAUGACGGCGACCGCCAUGGAAACAAACAACAACAACAACAACAACAACAACAACAACACAGGAGGUGUGAUCUCCUACGUGGGUUCAUGUGGAGGUUCUCCGACCCGGACCAGUCCAGUCUCCAUGUUCAGUGAGAACUCCAACUCCCAGCCCUGCUUCACCUCCUCCUCCUCCUCCUCGUUAACGCCCUCCUUCCUCAGCAGCAGCUCCGGUUCAGGCUCAUCAGGUGAAGACGGCUCCUCCUCGGCCUCCUCCUCAGCAGGAGGUUCACCUCGAGGCCGAGACGACGGAGGAUCUCUGAGGGCGUCGCCCAGCAAGUCGGUGGCCAGUCUGACCAAGCUGAACGGGAUGGUGCUGCUGUGUAAAGUCUGUGGCGACGUGGCCUCAGGUUUCCAUUACGGAGUUCACGCCUGCGAGGGCUGCAAGGGUUUCUUCCGUCGCAGCAUCCAGCAGAACAUCCAGUAUAAGAAGUGUCUGAAGAACGAGACCUGCACAAUCAUGAGGAUCAACAGGAACCGCUGCCAGCAGUGUCGCUUCAAGAAGUGCCUGUCUGUGGGAAUGAGCCGAGACGCACCCCCCCCCCUCCCCCCCCCCAGCCCCGGGGUGGACUCCACCAUCAGCGCCAUCGCCCGCGCUCACCGUGAGACCUUCCUAUACGCUCAUGACAAGCUGGCCAAUCCCCACAUGCCACCUCAGCAGCAGCAGAAUAACCACACCCACCACCACAACGGGGAGGCAGAGCUUUGGGGCUCCAACCGCUGCCCCAACGGUUACCAUGCCAACGGUCUCAACACCAUCUAUCACCAUAACAACAACCUGGGCACAGGGCGCUACCCUCCGCCAGACAACAGCUGCAACGGCAAGCAUCAUCACCAUGGAAACGGGAGGCGGAGCCUACACAACUGUAAUCUGAUUGGAGGAGACGGGCUCUGCGAUCAUGUGACCCAGGGGCAGAACUGUCCAAUGAAGAACCGCAAAGAGAUAGUGCUGGCCUGUCCAAUGAACAUGCAGCCUCACGCCGACCCCUUGAAGACCCCCCAGGAGAUCUGGGAGGAUUUCUCUCUGUCUUUCACCCCUGCCGUCAGAGAGGUGGUGGAGUUCGCCAAACAUAUCCCAGGGUUCAGUGCUCUGUCCCAGAACGACCAGGUCACCCUGCUGAAGGCGGGAACCUUCGAGGUGCUGAUGGUGCGCUUUACAUCACUGUUUAAUGUGAAGGAGCAGACGGUGACAUUCCUCUCUGGCGCCACCUACAGCCUGGAGGAGCUGCAGGCGAUGGGGAUGAGCGAGCUGCUGGGAGGCAUGUUCGACUUCAGCCUCAAACUGGCGGCACUGGAGCUGAACGCCGAGGAACUGGGACUGUUCACCGCCGUGGUGCUGGUGUCUGCAGACCGCUCCGGAAUCGAGAACGUGGCGUCGGUGGAGCAGCUGCAGGAGAACCUGAUCCGAGCGCUGCGGUCGCUGGUCAGCAAGUCGGCCGUCACCCCCGGCAACAACCAUCACAACCUGGACUCGCCCCGCUUCACCAAACUGCUGCUGAAGCUGCCCGACCUGCGGACGCUCAACAACAUGCACUCUGAGAAGCUACUGUCGUUCCGCAUCGACGCCUGA